AAAGCCAUGGCCUCAGGCUCCAUGUCUGCCAAGAAGAUGAGGGAGGAAGUGACCUGCUUCAUCUGCCAGAAGCUGAUGACUGAGCCUGUGAGCAUCGAUUGUGGACACAGCUUCUGCCGCUUGUGCAUAGCAGGCAAGCUUGAGAGACAAAUCCUGGGAUUGCCAUGGUACAUCUACUGUCCCCAGUGUCAGGCGCCAUUUAAAAGGGAGAGCCUCCGGCCCAACAAGCAGCUGCAAAACCUCAUUGAAACCAUCAAGGAGAUGGAGCGUGAGAAACUGUGUGAGGAACAUGGAGAAAAGCUCCACCUGUUUUGUGAAGAUGAUGAACAGCUCAUCUGCUGGCGCUGUGAGCGGACACCGCCGCACAAAGGACACAGGACAGCUCUUGUGGAAGACGUGUGUCAAAACUAUAAGGAAAAGCUUCAGAAAGCUGUGACAAAACUGAAGGAAGUAGAUAAUCUGUGUUGGAUUUACACACAGUUCACGAAUGAACAAAUAACUGAAUGGGAGGAGAAGGUAGAACUUAGGAGACAAGAAAUCCACUCUGAUUUUAAGACACUCCAUAACUUCCUGCAUGAGGAGGAAGAGUCUUAUCUCUGGAGGCUGGAGAAAGAAAAAGAGCAGACUCUCAACAGAUUGCUAGAAAAUAAAGCAGCCUUGGAAAAGCAGAGCCAAGAAUUCAAGAAUCACAUCCUGGAAUUAGAGAGAAAAUGCCAAGACUCAGCCCAGAACUUGCUGCAGGAUAUAAAAGACAGCUUGAGCAGAAGUUCAGAUGUCAAGAUGGAAACACAGAAGUUGAUCUCUUUGGAGCUGCAUACUGUGUGCAAUGUCUCUGAGCUUUACUUUGAUGUGAUGAAGAUGCUAAAGCGCUAUCAAGUCAAUGUAACUCUGGAUCCAGACACAGCUCAUCAGGAAUUAAUUCUGUCUGAGGAUCAAAGGCAAGUGACCCGUGGAUGCCCCCAGAGAAAGCCUGACACUCCUGCGAGAUUUCGUGUCUUACCCUGUGUCCUAGGCUUUGAGAGCUUCAUCUCAGGAAAACAUUACUUUGAAGUGGAUGUAGGCAAAGGUACUCAAUGGGAUGUAGGCGUUUGUCUGAAAAAUGUGUCAAGGGACAUUGCCACGGCACAGGCACCUCAAUCUGGAUUCUGGGUCAUCAGACUGUGUAAAAACAAGAGUUAUUUAGCCCUUACUUCUCCCCCAACUCCCCUUCCUCUGAGGGUCCAGCCUGAAGUUGUAGGGAUUAUUCUAGACUGUGAUGCUGGGCUCGUAUCCUUUUACAAUGCCACAACUGGCUCCCAUAUCUACACCUUCCCAAAGACCUCCUUCUCUCAAGAUGUCCAGCCUUAUUUGCAGGCUUAUCAUUAUUCUCCUUUAUUCUUGCCUUCCCCUGAUGAAUAA